AUGCCCGUUCGCAGUUCCUCCUCCUUCUCUUGUUUCACCAUUGCUAUGCUACGUUACGGUAACCUAGACGAGCAGCCUACUGCUCCUGAGGCCCUCAGUGGCAAACCGAGCAAAUCUCUUGCAGAGUACUACGAUAAAGUAGUUGAGUUCCUACGUGGACAAAUCAUCGGUCGCGACCAGCGAAUAUCAAUACCGUUCGACAACUCCACCAGGAAAAUAGUAUACGCCGAUUACACAGCUUCUGGUAGGGGACUUCAGUGCAUUGAAGAUUUCAUCACUCACAAAGUGCUCCCGGUAUACGGCAAUACUCAUUCGAUAGCAUCAGCAACAGCGCGGCAAACUACGUUUUAUCGUUCCGAAGCCCGGGAGAAAGUUCGAGCGUAUUUCAAUGCAAAUCAUCAGGAUUCUGUUAUAUUUUGUGGCGCGGGUGCUACGGGUGCUGCGAGUAAAUUCUUGGAAAUUCUGUGGAAGAGUCGCGGCUUCGACACGCAGGGCGAAGAUGAAGAUGAAGAUGAGAGGAAGUACUUCACCCAGGACCGAUGGGGCGGAUGCGAAUGCACUUUAUGUGGAGUUCGGCUGAAGAACGAAGCUGUUUACCGAUCGCACGUGAAAACAGCUAUGCAUACUGAUAAAAUUAUGGCAACAGCAGCAACAGCGAAGAAGAGAAGAAGUCGACGACGUGCGGUUUUGAUAGUUGAUCCUGUUAACCACCAUAGUUCGACUCUGCCAUUUCGGGAAAUAUUACCACAUUUUCCGAUAAUAAAGGGAGGGACGGCCUCAGUGACGGGCUCACAAUACAAAGUUUCAGGAGUAGUUGACGAUAGUGUUGAUAACGUGUUCGAGACGGAGUUGAAAGAGCUUCCGUUGGACCCCGUUACGGGGUCGGUGGAUAUCACAGCGCUGGAGGGAACUUUGAAAGAAAUUGCUCACUUCAACGAGUUGACAUCAACUGACACAACAGCUGUUCCGAUAGUCGUACUCUCUGCGUGCAGUAAUGUGACGGGAGUGAUGCUAGAUAUCCCGAGUGUAUCUACGUUGAUACAUUCAUACAACGGUAUUGCCUGUUGGGAUCUAGCAGCAGCGAGUAGUAAAAUAAAAAUUGAUAUGAAUCCAGUAUCACACCCGCAAGGCUACAUCGACUUUGCCUUCGUAUCGCCGCAUAAACUCCUCGGAGGUCCGGGGAGUAGUGGUUUGUUGUUGUGCAAAAAGAGACACCAAACAAACGUGGUACCCGCUGUGUGUGGUGGUGGAGUGGUUUUCUAUGUAAGCCCGGUUGCACACAGUUAUAUACAGAAUCACGAGGAGAGGGAGGAAGCGGGUACCCCUGAUAUUCUUGGGUGUAUUCGGGCGGGUGCGGUAUAUCAUUUGCACAGUAUGUUGGACCAUGAUAGGAUUGCUGAUACGGAAAGAAGGAUGGCGAGAGAACUUACGGAGAGGCUCUCCGAGUGCAGCAAAAUUCAUAUAUUGGGGCCUAAGGACAGAAUUCCUGCUGCUGUUGAUGAUGACAGCAUUGAAGGCCUCAUCAAAAGAGCCGACAAGAUCGUCGAAAACGCCUAUUCGGCGGGCCAGGUUCCGUUUUCAGCUGUGAAGUGUCCCUUAUUGGAUCCCGAGUUGGCGGACCUAAUAUGGUUUGCCUUGCCGACUGAUUGCAAGUGGUCUAUGGAGGGGGUAGUUGGCGAACCAAAACCGAAGAUCUGUACGGACCCUAACGUACCACUCUUCAAAGGAGGUGUGGAGGGGAAGCUUCCUGUGAGACCUACUGAGAGUAUCUUCAAUUCAUCGAUUUGGUCGAAGUCUGAGGAAGAGCGGAAGUUGAUUAUUGCAUCGCAUAGUACCCCACAGCAAGAGGAAGUGAGGCGUGAGGGUCCUACGGAUUUGGCCUCUCCUCACGUUGAACUUCAUCCGAGUGGCUUCCCACAGACUUCCAUCACGCCAGUUGUGUCUAAGAAACUUCGGUUACUCACUGGUACGGCCGUAAGAGAUUUCCAAAUGAUUAACGAAGGCGAUAAGAUUCUUGUUGGCCUCUCGGGUGGUAAGGACAGCUUGACGAUGCUGCACUUGCUGUUGGCGAUGAGGAAGCGCUCGCCCGUGAAGUUCACCGUCGGUGCUGCUACUGUUGAUCCUCAAACGCCUGAAUACAGUCCGGAGCCUCUGAAGAGAUAUAUGGAGGCGCUAGGGGUGGAGUAUCACUUCUUGUCUAAGCCGUUGAUUGAGAUGGCGAAGAAUUCACUCGAUCCUAAGAAACCAAGUCUGUGUAGUUUCUGUGCUCGAAUGAAGCGGGGUAUGCUGUACUCAUGUAUGCGGGAGUUCGGGUACACCUCGCUGGCUUUGGGACAGCAUUUGGAUGACCUCGCUGAGAGCUUCGUCAUGAGCGCUUUCCAUAAUGGUACAUUGAGAACGAUGAAAGCUAACUACUUCGUCCAGCAGGGUGAUAUAAGAGUGAUCCGUCCGUUAGUGUAUUGUCGAGAAAAACAGCUCGCAGAGUUUGCCACUGAGAAUUCACUACCAGUGAUCUCGGAUAACUGCCCGGCGUGCUUCGCAACACCUAAGGAAAGGCAUCGUGUGAAGGUCCUCUUGAGUGAACAGGAGUUCGACUAUCCCCGGUUAUUCAAUAGUUUGUUGAGUACUAUGAAGCCAUUGAUGGCUAUCAGAAAUGCUGGGAAGGCGAGCGAUAUUGCUAAGGGGAAGAUUUCUGGUGAUGAGAAGAUGUCGACAGUCAGGAGCACUUCGGAUGAGGAUACUGAUCAAGCCGCUGAGGAAUGCAUCAUGUCUUGCAAUAUCGGUGGUGCGUGCCCGUUACCGAAGAAGUAGAGAUGUACAUACCAAUAGUACU